CCCAAGGCCGGCUUGGCUUAACGUGGGGGCGGGGCGGGGAGCGGAAGCGCGCAUGCGCCACAGCGCCAGCGCUCUCCCCGGAUAGAGCGGGGCCCGAGCCCGUCCGCUGUGGUGGUUCCGCUCGCGCUCCCGCGCCGCCAUGUCGGCCACCAUCGAACGGGAGUUCGAGGAACUGGAUGCUCAGUCUCGCUGGCAGGUGUUAUACUCGGAAAUUCGAAAUGAGUCCCAUGACUAUCCUCAUAGAGUGGCCAAGUUUCCUGAAAACAGAAAUCGAAACAGAUACAGAGAUGUAAGCCCGUAUGAUCACAGUCGUGUUAAACUGCAAAAUACUGAAAAUGAUUAUAUUAAUGCCAGCUUAGUUGACAUAGAAGAGGCACAAAGAAGUUACAUCUUAACACAGGGUCCACUUCCUAACACAUGUUGCCACUUCUGGCUCAUGGUGUGGCAGCAAAAGACCAAAGCAGUUGUCAUGUUAAACCGAAUUGUAGAGAAAGAAUCGUACAUGCUGUUUUUGUUAUGA